CGGGCGGCGGGUGAGGGCGGCGGCGCCCGGUCCCGGUCCCGGUCCCGGUCCCGCCCGCGGGAGCCGCCGGGCCGGCGGGGAGCGGCGCGCAGGGCAUGCCAUCCACCUCGCCCCGAUGUUUCACUGGGGCAAGUGGAAGAAGAGGAUGGGAGCGAGCGCCUCCUCCUCCAAGAGACCCGUCUUCGACGAGCGGGAGGACGUGAACUUUGACCACUUCCAGAUUCUCCGGGCGAUUGGGAAGGGCAGCUUUGGCAAGGUGUGCAUUGUGCAGAAGAGAGACACCGAGAAGAUGUAUGCCAUGAAGUACAUGAACAAACAGCAGUGCAUCGAAAGGGAUGAGGUUCGCAACGUGUUCAGAGAGCUGGAGAUCCUGCAGGAGAUCGAGCACGUGUUCCUGGUGAAUCUCUGGUACUCCUUCCAGGACGAGGAGGACAUGUUCAUGGUGGUGGACUUGCUCCUCGGUGGCGACCUGCGCUACCACCUCCAGCAAAACGUUCAGUUUACGGAAGAAACGGUCAAGCUCUACAUCUGCGAGAUGGCGCUGGCUCUCGACUACCUCCGGAGUCAGCACAUUAUCCACAGAGACGUAAAACCAGACAACAUCCUCCUCGAUGAGCAAGGUCACGCACAUUUAACAGAUUUUAAUAUUGCAACAAUAAUUAGGGAUGGCGAAAGAGCAACUGCGUUAGCUGGAACGAAGCCAUACAUGGCCCCGGAGAUCUUCCAUUCCUUCCUGAACGGCGGGACGGGCUACUCCUUCGAGGUCGAUUGGUGGUCGCUGGGAAUCAUGGCUUACGAGCUGCUGCGGGGCUGGAGACCGUACGACAUCCACUCCAACAACCCCGUGGAGUCUUUAAUUCAGCUCUUCAGCACUGUGAGCGUUCAGUACUCGUCUGCGUGGUCAAAAGAAAUGGUUGCUCUGCUGAGAAAGCUGCUGACGGUGAACCCCGAGCAUCGCUUCUCCCGCCUGGCCGACGUCCAGGCCUCGGCGUACCUGUCCGGGGUGGUCUGGAGCGACGUCGGCGAGAAGCGAGUGGAGCCGGGCUUCGUCCCCAACAAGGGCCGCCUGCACUGCGACCCCACCUUCGAGCUGGAGGAGAUGAUCCUGGAGUCGAGGCCCUUGCACAAGAAGAAGAAGAGGCUUGCGAAGAACAAGUCGAGGGAUAACAGCAAAGACAGCUCACAGUCCGAAAAUGACUAUCUCCAAGAAUGCCUUGAAGCUAUCCAGCAAGACUUUGUCAUCUUUAACAGAGAGAAGCUAAAGAAGAGCCAAGAGCAGCCGAGCGAGUCCGUGUCCCCCCCCGAGACCACCGACGAAGCCGAGACGGAGGCCGAGUCCGAAACCUCCAACUUGAACAUGUGCAGCUCCGUCUGCUCCUCCGCGGGCAGCAGCUAGGCUGCAGCCGCCGGGCGAGGGUCGCCGGCCCGCGCCGCGCCGCAAACCCGUUCUCAGGUUGCGCUGAGCACCACAAGCCGUCCUCCGACACCGCCGGAGGGCACCGACGACUGGUCUUGCAAAGCUGUAGCAAAAGAGACAGCUCUUACCGAACCGCAUCCCUGGAUUUAUCGGCUCGCCGGCUCGGCGCGCUGGUUGCCUGUCGUGGGUAAAGGUACUUGCUAUGCAACUUGUCGGAGGAGGGAGAUCGACUUCUUUCCUUGUUCUUUUUUUAACGCCAGAUUGCCGAUCUGCCCAUGUUUUUAAUACAGUAAGAUGACGAGACGAGAAGUGCCGUCCUUGGGUGCAGCAAGGGCCGACACCGAGCGGGUGUGGCGAGGGAGGAAGGCUGGCUGGGUGGGUUCGGUCUGACGCUGGCGUUCCCGGUUUGUGAAGGCUGCCGCAGGGACGAGCAAUCCCCCGUGUCAGUCGGAGCCGCGCCGGGCUCUGGCGGGCAGCACCAGCCUCCUGGGAGCCUCGAGCUGUUUGGGUCCUGCAGCGUAAGGACGUCCCGGGCACGUCCCUGUCCUCUCGUCACCUGUCAGAGUUUCUUUCCCGGCUCGGGGCAAAUAAAUGUUUUUUUUUUGUGCACUCCAUGAAUUCUUGAGGGGCUGGGUAAUGAUUAACCGUGUCACUGAGAUGCAGAACGUAUUUAAAACGUUUGCUUUCUUCACAUAGCUGCUGCGAGUGGCGAGGCGCUGUGCGAAUGGGCCGGAGGGUUUGGUUCUGUUUGUCCGGCUUCGGAGGACGCUGUUUAUCACAGGUUCAGAUUUUAUUGGGGGCAAAGCGGGUGGCCUCGCAGCGCUGCUUGGUUGUGAAAGACAGGAAUAUCUUAUUUCACCCUUCGAUUUACUUUGUUUUCAGUGUGAAGUAAAAGUACUGUACAUAAUUUACCAAUACCUGGUUUAACUUGUUACUAAGACGGGAGAUCUCCUUAACUUGUUCCAGCUGUGGAUAUUGCCUUUCUUCUUGUUUCAGAAGCCUUCACUAUCUUAGUUGCUUAAUCUGCUGUAGAGUGGCUUUGGUUACUAUUGCUAAAAACGAGCCAUGGGUUCCGCUGCAACGUACGGCUGUUGUGAUACACAGGGGUGUCGUUAGGGCUGCAUUCACUUUCAAACUAUCAACAUCUGUUUGCUGUCAGACAUGAGGAGGUUGCAGGGUUCGCACCCUCACUGUAUAUUCGUAACGCAAAAUUGGGUAGAAAAUGUUUUUAACAGAUGCAGACUCUUUCAGGACAAAUUUUGUUGCGUUUUUCGUUUCCGCGAAUAAAACAGAAAGGCGUAACUGGUACGAAACGAUUUUAGAUGGAAAAUGACACGGCGCAUUUAUUUUUUUUAUUUUCCACAGUUUUAUGUGGAAAUUAGUACGUGGCUAAAGUUCUGCAGAACCGAACUUUCGCAGCAGUCUGUAGGAGAAGCGUUGGGGCGUGCCUGCGCGGGGCGGGGAGCCGGAGCUGGCGGAGGGGGCGCAGAGGUAUUUCAGGCCGGGGGCGGGUGAGCCGGGUCACACCUCGUUAGGAGCUGCGUUAACGAUGGGCUGAGGGGGCUGCGGCCGCUCCGAGAGCAGGGGACUGAAAUAAAUGCCCUCCCCUGCUCCUCCGCCCCAGCUACCGGAGGGCACCCACCCCCCGGCUCCCAUCGCGGGCUGCGCCGGGGGUCCUGCCCUCUCUGCCCCCAAGCUGCCUCCAGUCUGAUUACUGGGUACCAGGGUAAUCUAAUUACCCUACUCCCCUAAUGACCUUCUCCUGCACACCAGUGUGUGUGCGGAGGGGCCCCGCUGGUGGCCGGUGAGCAGCCCCAGCUCUGCCUGGUCCUCGCCCCCGCGCUCUCCGCGCACCCCCCACGUCCCCCGCGCCCCCCCCCGCGUUUGUCCUGGCUCCCCGUGUGCCUUGAGGGGCUCAGCGCAGGGGUGACGCUUUAAUCCCGAGUCACAAAACCACGUAGGGCCGGCUCUGGUCUGGGGCUGAGCAGAGCAGUCUGAUAACCCUGCUCUGCCCGGGGCCCGAAACCCACCGCCCGCCUGCCGGGGCACGGGCAGGGCAGGAGAAGCAGAACCAGGGGCAAAACCAUGUAUUGACCCAGGAAUUAUAAAUUACGGGUGAUUUGCACCACUGGUAUGGAUCGGGUUUUUUCAGUAAACUCCAUUGCACUAUUUAUCAUCUUUCUGUAAAUAAUGACAAAAGUUUGGACUAUCAGAACAACAAGGAGUGUAACUUACUUUUUGACCAAACCGUCCUGUGUAUGAGAGACGCAGAUAGAUCCUGCUCAACCAGAAGCUCUCGGGCCAGGGGAGAUGUUGGCAGUUUGCUGGGCCGUGUCUAACCGGGCGUUUUUAUCGCUUUCUGGAGGACAAGUGACAAACGGCCCUUCAGUUCGAGGUUGGUGUGCGUAGGGGGGAGCUGGCUCACUUCUGAAAUGGAUGAUUCUCACCCCAAACCCUCUCCGUGUCUGUCAUUUAUGUUCCCUUUUCAGCACUGCCCUUCCUGGGUAAAUUGUGCAAAAUUCCCUCAGCAGCACCCUGCGGAAAGCGGGGAAGCUGCUGGGAGACACCAGGUCAUUGCUCCUUGCCAGGGGAAUUGUUUUGGGGCAGAUUCUGGCUGUCCGGGAAGUGAUUUGGGGCAGAUUCUGGCAGCACACCUCCAGGGACGCGCCGGGGGAAACGCCGCUUUCUGCCUCAGUCUAGUUCUAAACCUUAAUCAGUGCAAAAAGCGACAGGAGGCACCUCUAGGACCGUUGGGCUGAGUAGGAGGGACACCGUGAGUACGAUACAACCGAAGCACUGGGGGUUGAUCUCCAGUAAAGCAUGGGCACAACUUCACCAGUGCCCACUGGGGACCAGGUUUAGUGAUGCCCGGUUAUGCCCAGUCCCCGGUGAAGAAAUUCCAAGAAAAGUGUAAUUGGAAAAUGGGAAAACCGAUAGGAAACAGGUGCCCAGGGGCUCGGAGCCGCUCGGCUCCACGGGAGAAAACUCGCAGUGAAGCCGUGAAAUGCUCCCGACACGCAGAGCUGGAAAGGCGUCAGUCGCAGCUCUGGUUUACAUCUCCGCUACUACCAGAAUACAAUAAUUUUCUGUAUAUAAAUAUUUAAAUACAUGUAUUUUUUGUAUGACAGAUUUAUACAGGGCGUGCCAUCAUUCGCUGUGAAAAGUCUACAUCGCCUAUGAAUUAUUCUCCUUAAAUUCCUUGCCAUAAGAUUGUUUUCUUAUCUCUGUUAGAUUACGAAGUUUUGCAAAGUUGCAUAUCUUUAAGUGUUUCCAUUGAAUUCCACAGACUUCACUGGGAAUUUUGCGUAGAAAACAAAUGCCAGAUCAAGUCCUGAUGUUUCUUCUGUCGACAAUUCUUUAUUACUAUAUACCUUGCCAAAAAGAGAAUAAGAGUAAUAAAAUAAUAGCAAAAAGGCCAAUAAUAGGAACCUGACAUUGGACAGUGCUGAAAUCCUCAUGCCUUGGUAGGGUAUUUUUUUUAAAAUGAUUUCAGUGGAAAUAUAUGUAAAUUAUAUCUGUAUUUUACGUUAAUACAUUUCUGUAAUUUUACUGCAUGAAAAUUUUACCAUGUCACAGAAUAUUUAAGUUAUGACAAGUUCGUGUUUUUGCAGAUACUGCGAGAAGCCAUUGCGUAUGUGGAGUAAUAAAUGUGUAUUUUUAACAUUGCCAAGUA